AUGGAAAAUACUAAUCCUAACACAGCUAAAGUUCAGCACGUGACGAAAGCAUCAUCAGAUGAACUCCUGAAGAAGUUUGCUGAAAUGGGUUCUGAAUCAAAUGACAAAUCCUUAGCUAAGAAAGAGUUUCGAUUGUCCAAACGCCUAAAAAGGAGUCAAGCAGCUACUAAUGGAAGUGGUAAUGGCCAAGGUGAGAGAAAGUCACUUCUACCUCCGGCAACUUCCCGGAGACCAGCGGCGUUGAGCAGAAGGUUUGGGACAGGGAAGGCCAAGAUCAGAGCUAGGGAGUUCAAGGACCGGUCUAUUAUAGGCACAAUUGAGAAGAUGUGGCGUAGAACAGUUGAAGGGGCUUCGAGAGUCUGGAUGGAGAAGCAUUACAACCAGCACAAACGUCUAAUAAAUGAUGUGUAUUAG